AUGAGUUGCAGGCUUGUAUUACAGCACAGCUGAAGGGAGCCAGUGAAUUCAUGGGAACCUAUUGAAUAUCUGAUUCUCCUGCGAGUUGACUCUAGAGGAGUAGGGACCUGACAAUGGGAGACAUUCGAGAUUUCCAGACUCAUCCAGCCCAGCGAGGUGAGGACAUGGCGUACAGGAAGGUGCGUGCAGGUCAUCGGGGCUCGUUGCGCUCGCGGGACCUGGAGAGGGAGGAGCUGCAAGCUGCGACUCUCGAGCUGGAGUGGGACAUGGAGAAGGAGCUGGAGGAGCCCGGUCUGGACCGCUUCCAGCUGGAGUGUGUCGAGCGACAGCCUGUGGGGAACUCCGUCGGAGGAGGUGGGGGGGCCGACCUGGACCUGGAGCCCAUCCAGCCCUCCACUUCUCCGCACGGACGAUUCCAGCGCCUCCAGGAGGAGCCCAGCUACGGGUCCCGCUUCACCCGGGCAGCUUCCAAAGCACAGAGGAGGGCUGAGAACUGGAGCUGGGCAGUCAAGUACAUCUUAGCUGGAGCAGGGGUGUUCAUCCUGGGGCUGGUGAUCGGACGGUACACACACAGCACAGAGGAACAGACAUCAGGUGUGCCGUCAGAUGUGGAUGUGCUGGAUAGUGUGUUGAGGGGCAUCACAGCAGAGGAUCUGCGGGCAUUAAAAAGGAAUUUAACUAUGGUCAAUAGCUCAUGGUCAGAACAAAGUGAGUUGUUCAGAGUGUCACUUCUUGUGCAGAAGUGGAGGGACUUGGGCCUGAGGGACAUUCACCUGUCCAAUUACACCGUCCUCCUCAGCCACCCGGGCCCUUCCCCCAGCACCAUCAUCGACAAGUACACCAAUCAGUGUUUUCUGCCCAAUGGAGAAGGGUGUGAUGCCACCAGUCCCCUUCCAGCAGCAGACCCAAGCCCUUUCUUUGCUGCCUACUCUGCCGUGGGGAGUCUGGAGGCGGAGAUUGUGGAUGUGCAGUAUGGCAGCAUAAAGGACCUGACCCAAGCCAAGGCCUCGCUGAAUCUCACCAACAAAAUAGCAAUAAUGAAGCUUGGACAAGCACCUUUACUGUAUAAGCUCUCCCUCUUGGAAAAGAUGGGUUUCGGCGGGGUGUUGCUUUACGUGGAUCCAUGUGAUGUCCCCAGCGAGGUCAAUAUCUGGCACAAGGCCUUUGGCGUCACUCUGAACCCUGGAGGCGAUCCAUCAACCCCAGGAUACCCAAGCAUCAAGGGAAGCUACCGUGUGCAGAGGCCCUACCUAACAUCACUGCUGGUUCAGUCCAUCUCUGCAGGUCUGGCCAAAGAGAUUAUGUCUGCACCCACUAUGGGUGAGGGACAUCCCUGUACCCCGCUGGCUAUGCAGUCUGCCUCAGACAAAAGAAUAAUCACAUUAAAUGUCACGACCCAAGCAUCAUACAGGACAAUUCACAAUGUCAUUGGCUAUCUGAAAGGAAGGAUUAAUCCAGAUCGAUAUGUUCUGGUGGGCAGUCGUCAUGGCAGCUGGCAUGAGGGUUCUUCAGAGGACUGGAGUAGUGGUGCUGCCAUCAUGACUCAGCUCAUUUCCUCUAUGAUGUCUCAGGCCCAUCUGGGCUGGCAGCCAGACCGUACCAUCAUUUUCACCUCCUGGGGGGGGUCAGCACUUGGUAGCAUUGGAUCAUUUGAGUGGGGGGAGGAGAAUCGGGUGGUGUUGGAGAGCAGUGCUGUUGCUUACAUCAGUCUCUACAGUCCAGUCCGAGUCGGGAGGUCAUCUUGUUCCACAGCCUCGCCCUCACUAUUUCAACUGGCCUCCGACAUCCACAAGAGACACUUAAGGAGCUGCACUCAGAAUAGCUGUUGCCCUGGUCCGAACAUCAGCUCCCUGCAGAUCCCCGGGGAUGUGAGCUUCUUCGCCAACCAGCUUGCCAUCCCCACUGUGCAGUUUACAUCCUCCUCGACCAGGACCCUGGAGACAAGUUUCCUCUCUGAGGCCUUCUUCCCCUCAGACCCAUCCACUGACAAGGCCUCAGAUCCCUCCUUCAGACUCCACGAGGCUGUGGCUAAGCCACCACCCCAGGCUGUGACACCUCUCCAGAUGAGGCCUCGCCCAUGGAAAACACUUAUAAUUAUGACAGCAGAGGCCAUACUGCGUCUGAGCACCGACCCGGUCCUCCCCUUCUACCCUCUAGACAUUGCCCUAGAUGUACAAAACAAACUCAAAGAUGACCCUCUGCAGACAGCCGAGCUGCUGGCAGCCGCCGCCAUCUUGAGAGACAACUCCACCUUCCUCCAGUCCGAGAGCAUGCGGCCGGCCAACGACCCCAAGGAGAGGGACCCCUCCCACGUGCGCAUGCUGAACGACGUCCUGCAGGGCCUGGAGAAAAGCUUCCUCAUCCCCGCCCCCCCAGCUGGCUUGUGCAGGAACCUUCUGUAUGGGCUGAGCACGCAGUCCUCCCGUUUCUCCAUACUGAAGGAUGCCCAGGAAGUGGAAAGGCCUGUAAACCAGACUCUAUCUUUUGUUUUCAAUGCCAUCAGGUCAGCUCAGAAACUUGUGCAGAGUGGGCUUGAACUCUUUGAGAAUGACCCAGACAGUUCCCACUGACACCGAGCAUUUUGGAGAGAUUGUCGGCAUAGUCCCACUCUCAGCAGGCAUAGUGGAGGCGCACCACCCGAGGAAAAACCCGAACAGCAACCAACUUUAAUAUGAUUGUUUUGCACUGAUUAUCUUGAUAACCAGAACUGUCAAGGGCUUGGAAGAGUAGUACUAUUUUAAGCAAUAUGAAUCUUAUUGUUUGUGACAGUGUCCAUACAAGGCUUUUGGUUCAUUUUUCAAGGUCUGUACCAAAUGUCUUUAGGGAAAUUAGCUUAUUUGCCGUCUACCCCAAUUAGCCUAUUGAUCCCUUUUAGCUGUAGUGUAAUCCACUUCCAAGCUAGGCUAACAGUGUCAGACUGAAUUAUUGCAUACACAUAUAUAAUAGGAGAGAAAGGUAUGUGUCUUUAACUCUGGGUAGAAAAUAAGCUUAUUCCAAAAAAAGUUGGCGUGUUCCUAAGAUGAAGACAGGAAGCUUAACUGAUAUUAAAUGGAAACAACACAGCAACCAAAAAGGUUAGUAGAUAUACAGUAUAGUACAGAUACAAAACUAGCAUACUGGAAAACAUGAAAUCAUUAUUUAUUAUUUUUUGAGGAAAUGUACAGUAUGUCUUAGUAUCCAAACCUUAAAAAAAAAAAAAAAAACAUUGGGGCAAUCAAAUUAGCUUAUAAUAUAAAUUCAUGCAGUCCUGUUCAGUUGAAAGAAAUCCAUUUAAUAGUUUACAUUUCUUAGCGUUAGGGUGAUUAACGUGUGAGUAACUAGUGCAAUGCACUAGUAUAUCCAAUAAUGCGUUAAUGCAGCUGGUCACAUUCAGUGCUUGCUGAGAGCAGAGAAGUCUGAGGCCCAUGGUGUGCCUUAUAUCCAUGACUUUGUGUUACUGAUGAGAUAAACGAUGAGUAAUGUGGAGAAACAGUCACACAACAGGAAGUUAGGCUUGUAUUUAUGACCACCAGCAGACAAAAUACAAAACACAAAUGUUCUUACAGGAAAGAAACUGCUCCCUUGGUCUCUUCUGGUAGCACCUCUCUGGAUAUACUGAAUUUAUAUUUAGGUUGAGCGGUAGACACUUUAUCCCUAUUAUUUGGAUAAAACAAAAUGCAUAAUUUGUUGUAUCUUGCAAUGCUAAGAGGUUGAGACUACCAUGUACUGGGAGUUGAUUUUUUAAAAGCACAGAGGCUUCAAUGCUUACAUUUACUUAAAUACUCGUGCAGCUAUAAUGUCAGAGUUUGACACCAGAUGUGUGUGUUUGUGAACAAUAAGUGGACAAAGAAACUUUGAGUUCAAAAACUGUGAGUUGCAUACACAUAAUGCACACAUUCAUCAUGCAUCCUUUGAAGGCUUAAUCAUAGUGUACCUGUAUCAAUAACCGUAUGCAGUUAUGAAUAUUCACUAAUUGACGUUGUACUUUUGUAUCAUAUGAAGGCUACAGUUAUUUUGCUUUAACUGUGAUAGAUACUAUGCCUGCAAUUUUGGUGCACUUUAAAUUGGAUUGCUUUUGAGAGAGAAUUUCAGGUGUUGUGAUUUGUAAAUGAACAUGUUAAAUUACUUGACGUUAAAAACUAAACUAAAACAGGCCAAUUUUGGGACACUUGAAUCAGGGAAUCAAAUUUAACCAAGCUUUACGUUCUUAAUGUGCCUUUCGGUUAAGAAGCAUCCGUGCAGUAAAAAUAAUGUGACAAUUGUCAAUAUCAAAACAAGGACACAAGAAACAGUUUCACAUCCAAAUGUUUUAUCCAAAUGUUUCAUCCAAACAGUUUCACAUCCUUUCUUCAGAUUUCCACUUUUAAUGUGUAUGGGUGAACAAAAGGACAUCCAAGAUGAAUGACAAAUGUAAAACUUGUUUAUUCAUAAGCUUUCUUCCUAGCAUUUGACAUGAAAUGGUUCCAAUCAUAUGUGUACCGUCUACUUAGCUACAGUACACAAUGACAGAACUGUCCUCUUUCACUGUUCCUCAUUGACCAACAACAGAAAUGACUUCUGAGCUGCUUUUAACUAAAAUCACUGAUUUCCACUGUGAUCUGUUGUAGUUUGCUACAGUAUGUUCCCUUUCUGGGAGCAAAGUGUAAUUAUUUAUGAGUAAUACACUUACAUGAGAAAGAGCAUGUUACUUUUUAAACUUUUUAAAUCCUUUGGAUUCUUUUUUGUCACAAUGAAAUGUAGAAAUCCCACAUCUACUGUACUAAGUGAGUUAAAUGAAUGUAUGCCAAUAUGCAUAGUGUAUGUGGGUGAAAAUACCAUGACUUCUUGAAUGAUUUGAAUGAUGUUGGAUAUCAAAUAUUCUAUCAGGUGUGUGGCUCAUGCUUUACACUUUCCAUAAAAGUUUACCAUAUUUGGGGUUUCUUUUUUUGUAAAAUAAACAUCAUGACGGUAGAAAAUGAGUGCAGAAUAGAAGCAGUAAUGUGUACAAAAUAUGAUGUAGAUUUGCACUAAAACCUUAUCAAACUUGUCAUUAUUUUCAUAUCAGGACAAUAUCUGCAUGUUUAAUGUCUCUUACACUUACACAUACUGUAAGUAAUGAAGAUCUAAACCCAACUCUUAAAGGUUUUACCUUUAGGUCUGACAUCUGAGCUGUUUUUACAUGCUCACUCGUGUAAGGACGACUUUGUCAAAAGACUACAGCAGAUAGACAGGGUCAGGGAGUGUGUCAACUCUAUUUAAUGACAUUAUAUUUAAACAAGUUUCAACAACUAUUCUAAUUAUGUUUGUUGUUCAUUAUUUUAUGAUGUUAUCAUGGUAAGAGGAUGCUUUUAUUUUGAUUUAUUUAUUUUAGAACUCCGCGGUGUCUGGCAUCACCACAGGAGAGAAAAAUAAUGGGCUGGUUUGUCUCCCUCUCCCUCCCUCCUUUCAUCCCUAACUAUGAUGAGACUCUUGUUACAAAUCCACUCACUGUUGUGAGUAUUAAAAUGGCUAUUAUUCUACAGUGGCCAUUGGUAAACUCUCUAUCACUAUGGUUUUGUACGAAAUAAUGAUCUGUUAAGGAGAUGUGAAGUCACAGUCACUGAGCUGUUUGGUUUUGCUAAGAUGUGAUGUGAAGUUUCAUAUGUGAUGUCUGCAUUCAGGGCUGAAAAGAUUAAUUGUCAGGGGGAGAGGAAAGAGGUGGAUUUCGUACAAGAGAGUAAAGAAAUUCAUAGAGAGCAAAAUGUUAGGCAUGUACAAAUGCAACCCCUAUCACAAUUGUCUCUCAAUUACGUGUCUCUGCACAAACUACUGGUUACAUUUUGUCUUUAUGUUUCUUAUGCAUGAAUUUGUCCCAGCUGGUUUGGCUUGCUGAAUGAAUUUGUAGCAAUAAACUGAUUUCUACAUAAACU